GCCGAUAAUCCCAUGUUUAGCUCUGUUUUAUUGAGGAACAUUAGUUUCAAUCGUUAGCACGGCAAUGCUAACCUGCUAACACAGCUAAAACAACAACUACGCUGCGGUGAAACUGGAGUUCUGCAUUAGAUCACUGCUCAGAUGAAGAGGGCUUGCCUGGCGGACCAGUUGUUUCACCUUUCCUUGCCAUGGCAGCGCACUAUUUUCCCACAUUCCUCCUCCUCAUUUUUUUGUCCUCCGUAGCCCUCUUGCUGCUCACCCUUCUGCCAUCCGUCGCCCCAUCCCUCCCCUUAACCGCCUCGUCUUUAUCCUCGUCUUGGCCGUCAUGUGGUCCAGGUCAGUCUUGGGCCGUCCGGAUCCACCACAGUCUGCAUCACCAGAAGGAAGAUGAGAGAGAGGCCUCGGUUCACCUGGAUGUGAUAGCUGACAGGGUAGCAAAAGAGGCGGGGCUUCAGAACCGGGGUCAGAUUGGAGAGCUCGAAGGCCACUAUUUGCUUUGCUCAUCACAACCUCACACUGGAUCUCUGGGACACAUCUGGAAAAGGAGCAUCCAACCGAGCGAUGUUCUGGCAACACAUCCUCAUGUCCUGUGGUACUCCAAGGACAGGUUGCUCAGUCGCUCAAAGAGGUCAUUGGCCUUCAAUGACCCAAACUAUCCUAAACAGUGGCACUUGCACAAUCGAAUGAACAUAGGCAUGGAUAUCAACGUGACGGGAGUGUGGGAGCACAACAUCACUGGCCAGGGUGUCACUGUUGUUGUUGUAGAUGACGGUGUGGAACACACCCACAGAGACAUUCAGCUCAACUAUAGUCCAGAGGGGAGUUACGACCUGAACUCCAAUGACCCCGACCCCAUGCCUCACCCAGACCUCCACAGCGACAACCACCAUGGGACUCGAUGUGCUGGGGAGAUCGCAGCCGUUCCCAACAACAGCUUCUGCGCUGUGGGUGUGGCCUAUGGCAGCAAGGUGGCAGGUAUCAGAGUUCUGGAUGGGCCCCUGACUGACAGCUUAGAGGCCAUUGCCUUUAACAAGCAUUACCAAAUAAAUGACAUCUACAGUUGCAGUUGGGGACCAGAUGAUGAUGGGCACACUGUGGAUGGACCUCAUCCCCUGGGCAAGGCUGCACUGCAGCACGGGGUGAUUGCAGGCCGAAGAGGCUUCGGGAGCAUCUUUGUAGUUGCCAGUGGCAACGGGGGUCAGUACGACGACAACUGCAACUAUGACGGCUACGCCAACUCCAUCUACACCAUCACGAUAGGAGCGGUUGAUGAGGAAGGCAAGAAGCCGUUCUACGCAGAGGAUUGUGCAUCCAUGCUGGCUGUCACUUUCAGCAGCGGGGGGGCCAGAUCAAGGAGCAUCGUGACGUCUGAUUGGUCGAUGCACAAGGGGAGUGGCUGCACGGAGGGCCACACCGGUACAUCUGCUGCGGCCCCGCUGGCAGCAGGGAUGGUGGCCCUCAUGCUGCAGGUGCGGCCCUGCCUGACCUGGAGGGACGUUCAGCAUAUCGUCGCCUUCACUGCCACACAGUGCGACACGUCAGCUGACUGGAAAGUGAACGGAGCCGGUUUUCAUCACAGCCACCAGCAUGGCUUUGGCCUUUUGAACGCAUGGAGACUAGUUAAUGCUGCCAAGGUGUGGGAGUCGGUGCCUUUCCUCGUGUCCUAUCAGAGCUCGGUCAUAAAGGAGGACGUUUCCGUUUCCACUCAUACGGGCGUCUUGAUCCGCACCUGGAAUGUCUCUGCAGCCGACCUGAAGCCGUCUGGGAUGCAAACGCUCGAGCAUGUGGCCGUUACCGUGACAAUAACCCACCCCUGCCGUGGGAACGUGGAGAUCGUGCUGGAAUGUCCCAGUGGUAUGAGUUCUGUCAUCGGGGCUCGCAGGCCCAUCGACAGAGAUCCUUCCGGCUACCAGGACUGGACCUUCUCCACCGUGCGCUGCUGGGGGGAGAGAGCUGAAGGCCAGUACACCCUCAGGAUUUCUGACAGCAAAGAUGAACAGUCUGAUCAGUGCGCCGCCGUGGGAGUGCUGAAGCAGUGGAAGCUCACACUCUACGGUUCAUCUAUGACUUCCAGCGAAGUGAAGGAGAGGCAAAAGCUGGUGGAGGAAGCCAUGAGUGGCAAACAUCUGGACAGCAGCUUCUCUCUGCCCUGUCCUCCAGGAUUAGACAUCCCCCCCGAGAUCAUUAACCCCUUCACCUCCAACAACCUGAAGUUCCUGCUUCUGCUCGGAUGCUUCGCUCUCUUCUGGUCCGUCUACUACAUCUUGGACGUCACGCUCGGUCAGGUGAACCUCAGAGGCCUCCUGUGUCUGCCGAGGAGGCGGAGUCGUCUCAAAACCAGCCACGUUAGCAAAGGCAGAGGAGUGGAGGAGGCGAACGGGUACUGGGACGAAUACAUCGCAGAGUACAGGGACCAGGAGGACCAGGACUCUGGGGUGGAACUGCAGGCUGUGCUGGACUCAGAGGUCAAAGUUCCUCUCCAGCUGGAGACGUAACAGUGAGCCUAAACGUUUCCUCUUUCUCAGGCUUGUUUUUCUGCUCUGAUUGCACUUGCCUCCAACAGCAGUGAUGGUACUUAAAGACCGAGCUGCGAAUAAAUCAAAAAGUAGGUUUCUUACUCCUUCUCUUCUACCACGGUUACUCAAGUGGCCUUGAAUGUGUUUGGGCUGUGAUUUUACGUCUUCGUUUGUGCACUUCUUCCCGAACGCAUCACCUGACCAGGAAAAUAUGAUGUUAAACCACAUGGAGCUUCUAAAGCUUUCUUUAAAACUGGGAUUCAUGAACUGCGGGCGGCUUGUUGGGACUUAACCACCCAGUUUAAUGAAACAGGUACAUGGUGGGUUGGGAAAUUUUCCCCCAAAGGAGAAAUUAUAUUUUCAGAUUGAGGCCGAAACGCCUGUGGAGUAAAUUAGAGAAAAAGUUGUGUGCAAUAUUUAAGGGAAUGCAAGUUGUGUGUGUGUGCGUGUGUACGCGUGUGUGUGUGUGUGUGUGUGUGUGUGUGAGAUGGGAGUAUUUGUAAUAUCCAGGGUCUUCCUUUAAAGUGUUGCUAUAAUGUGACUUUUCAUUCUUGUGUUUUGUUUUGUUUUUUAUAUCUCUGACCUAUUAUUUCUUCCAAUUUUUAAAUCUGGGGGAGGAGGGGUUGUGUUUUUUUUUUUUUUUUUUUUUUAUUUUGUAGCUAA